ACCCUUCUUCAUAUAUAAACACAUUCCAGAAGAAAAGAGACACCACAAAAAUCAAUGGAGAAUAAAAGCAAAAAACAUGCACCACACAUCUUAGUGUUUCCAUAUCCAUUACAAGGUCACAUAAACCCUAUGCUUCAAUUCUCGAAACGUUUAUCCCAAAAAGGAGUAAAAAUAACACUAGUGAACACCAUUUCCAUUUGGAACAAAAUCAACAACAACAUUGAUCUCAAUUCAAUUGAAACUGAAAGCAUUUCAGAUGGUUAUGACAAUGGAGGAAUGUCAUCAGCAGAAAACAUGGAAUCUUACAAAGACACUUUCUGGAAAGUUGGACCAAAAUCACUUUCUCAGCUUCUUCAUAAACUUCAAAGUUCAAACAACCCUGUUGAUUGUGUUGUCUAUGAUGCUUUCUUAAAUUGGACUUUUGAUGUCUCUAAGAGUUUUGAAAUCCCUGUUGCUGUUUUCUUAACUCAAGCUUGUUCUGUUAAUACCAUAAAUUUUCAUGCUUUUAUGAAAUGGAUUGAGUUGCCGAUUUCGAAGAGUGAAAUUGUGUUACCUGGAUUGCCAACGCUUCAAGAUGCUGAUUUGCCUUCUUUCUUGUAUCAAUAUGGAACCUAUCCUGGUUACUUUGAUAUUCUUACAAACCAAUUUUCCAAGAUUGAUCAAGUUGAUUGGGUUCUUGUCAACACGUUUUAUGAACUUGAGCCAGAGGUUGUGGAUUGGAUGGCGAAGAAAUGGCGAUUAAAAACAAUAGGACCAUGCAUUCCAUCUAUGUUUUUAGACAAAAGACUUGAAGAUGACAAUGACUAUGGGAUAAGCACUUUUGGUCCAAAUUCAGAAGCUUGCAUCAAAUGGCUGGAUAAUAAACCAAAAGACUCAGUUGUGUAUGUUUCUUUUGGGAGCUUGGCUGGUCUUAGUGAAGACCAAACAAAGGAAAUGGCUUAUGGAUUAAGAGAUUGUGGAAUGUAUUUCCUAUGGGUUGUUAGAGAUUCAGAAAAGAGUAAAGUUCCAAAGGAAAUGUUGGAGUCAUCGAUAGAGAAAGGUUUAAUUGUCAAUUGGUGUUCACAACUACAAGUGUUAACACAUGAAGCUGUUGGUUGUUUUGUAACACAUUGUGGUUGGAACUCGACAUUGGAAGCUUUGAGUGUUGGAGUUCUGGUGAUUGCAAUGCCACUUUGGACAGAUCAAAUCACAAAUGCAAAGUUUAUUGUUGAUGUUUGGAAAAUUGGAGUCAAAGCUCAUGCUGAUGAGAAAGGUGUAGUUAGAAGGGAAACAAUUAUGGAUUGCUUAAAGGAAAUAAUGGAGAUUGAAAAGGGAGAUGCAAUGAAGAAGAAUGCUAUGAAAUGGAAGAAUUUGGCUAGGAUUUCUGUUGGUGAGGAUGGAAGUUCUCAUAAGAAUAUUGUUGAGUUUGUGAAUGAAUUGACAUUAUGCUAAGUUACAUAACUUGCACCACCCCUAAAUGGAUAUUUUGGCAUUCACGCAGUCAAUGCAUUGGUAAUCGUAAGAUUGAGUUUCUUCCGUUUACUAAAUAUGCUGAUUUUCAUUUUGUUUUCGAA